AUGGCUUCAUCAGAAUCGACGCCAGUCCACUUUGUUGUUAUUGGGGCAGGAAUAAUCGGCCCAAGACAUGCAAUGACAAUUGUAAACAAUCACGAGGCAAAGCUUGUCGCUAUUAUUGAUCCAUCUCCAGCUGGGCAGACUCUGGCGGUCAAGUUAGGUGUGAAUUAUUUUACCACUGUCGACAAGCUGUUGAACUCAUCGGAAAGGGUUGAUGCAGCCGUCAUAUGCACUCCCAAUCAUACACAUGUGUCCAUUGCGAAGCAGCUAGCUUCUCACAACGUUCAUGUCAUCAUUGAAAAGCCCAUCAGCUCAAAUGUAGACAGUGGACGAGACCUUGUCAGUUCACUCUCUUCAGCAGCGAGCAAAGUAUUGGUUGGACAUCAUCGUCGGUUCAAUCCGUACAUCAUGAAAACAAAAGAUGUGCUCGCGACGGGCAAGUUAGGAAAAAUCAUGGCGAUCAACGGGAUCUGGGCGUUGCACAAACCCAUCGAUUACUUCCAAUCGCCUGCUGAAUGGAGACAGUCAGAGACUGGAGGCGCAAUACUUAUCAACAUGAUUCACGAAAUUGAUCUACUUCACUACCUUAUUGGGCCGAUUGUUCGAGUUCACGCAGAGGGGAUUCCCGCCCAACGUGGCUAUACAGCAGACGAGGGCGCAGCCAUGACUCUGAAAUUCAAGACUGGCGCUGUUGGCACGUUUCUACUCUCUGAUUACGCACCUUCACCCUACAAUUUCGAAUCGGGGUCCGGCGAGAACCCCCUCAUUCCAAAAGCUGGGCAAGACUUUUAUCGCAUAUUUGGGACAGAAGGCUGUCUUAGUGUACCAGACAUGGCACUCUGGUCUUAUAGCGAUGGCAAAAAAUCGUGGCAUUCUCAAAUGACGAAGCACCAGAUCCCGGUGGACGAAGCCAUUCCCUUUGAUCUACAGCUACAGCAUUUCAUCAACGCUAUCAGAGGCCGAGAAGAUAUUAAGAGUACACCACAGUCGGGAUUGGCCGCCCUCAUUGUUUGUGACGCUAUUAAGGAGGCACUUGAUCAAGAGAAGACGGUUUACAUUGCGGACUAUAGUCUCUGA